UGCCACAUCUGUGCCACAUUUCAGUGCCCAUCAGUGCCACCCAUCAGUGUCAGUCAGUGCCACCUAUCAAUGCCAGUCAGUGCCAUCUAUCAGUGCUGCCAGUCAGUGCUGCCUAUCAGUGCCAGUCAGUUGAGCCUAUCAGUGCCUGUCAGUGCUGCCUAUCAGUGGCGCCUAACAGUGCCAGUCAGAGCCACCUAACAGUGCCAGUCAGUGCCUCCUUUCAGUGCCAUCUAUCAGUGCCGCCUAUCAGUGCCAUAUAUGAGUG